AUGUAGAUUAGAUGUACCUAAGCUGAUCAUCAAAAUCAAUAAAUAAUUGGAUUUUGCAUAGAUAGCACAUGCCCAAAUUAAAGGCCUUAUUGUCACUAUUGCUUGCCUCAACAUAGUCAACAUCUUGAAAAAUUAACAUAUUUUGAACUUUUUAAUGAAUGGAUUUAGAAAAGAAUCAUUAAUGCUCAAAAUGUAUAAAAGAAUGUUUAAGAGUGUAAAUUAUCUCUUGAUUCCCUUCUAAAUAAGUUGAUUCCUUAUUUGAACUUUAAUAUAUAAUAAUUCUCAUAAAUAGGAAUUUCAUAGAUAGAUAACAUGAUAAAGGGCUUAUGUUAAUUAGAAGGUUGUGAGGAAAUAUUAUUUAAAUAACUUAAAUAAUCUAUCGAAUAAAUCAAAUAGAGUAAUUAGUAAUAUCAAAGUGUUGACUUAAAACAAUCAAAAAUAGAAUAGCCAUAAAACCAAAGUACUUUUAAAGCAAAUUCAAACUAAUUCACCUUUUAGCUCAUGAAUUAAAACUCAAUAAGGGUUGAUAAUUGUUGUUUUGCUUUUGCAUUUAAUAAAGAUUAAUCUAUUGUUUUAGCUGGAUGUAAAUAGCAUAUUAAAGUAUUUGAAAAUCAAUAAGGAAAAUUGAAUCAAGUUUAAUUAUUGAGUAAGCAUACAGAUGAUGUACAUACUUUAAAUUUUAUGAAAAAGACAAAUAAUUUUGUAUCUGGAAGUAGCGACAAUUCAAUUAUAAUAUGGUAGGUGAUUGGAAAUAAUUAAUGGAAUUGUUAAUAAAUAUUAAAUGGUAAUUCAAAUUCGAUAGAUUGUUUAUUGAUAAAUAAUACUGAUGAUUUAAUAAUAUCAGGUAGUUAUGAUAAAACAAUCAAAUUUUGGAUUAAAUAUAAUUAAUGGAUAUGUUAAUAAACCAUUAGUGAUCUUGGUUUUGUAUAUUCAUUAAGUUUAAAUGAAUAAUAAAAUAAAUUGAUAUCUUGUUCAAGGGAUUCAUAAAUAUUAAUAAUAGAAUAGUCUAAGUUGGAUAAAUACUGGAGUGUUACAUAAAAGAUAAAAGUUGAUGUAUAUGGAUAACGAUUAUGUUUUAUUAAUGAUAACUUAUUUACAUUCUAACCUUAUUGUAAAGAUUAAAUGCAUAUAUAUGAAUUGGAUAUUAAUAAUAAAUAGUAUAACAAAAUUAAACAAAUUGAAGUAAAGUUUGAUUCAUAUAUAUGUGAUUGUUUAUUUCCAUAAUAAUACAUAAAAUCAAAAAGCAUACUUGUGAAUAAGACUGGCAAGAAAGUGAAUUUAAUGAGAAAGAAACAAAAUGGGGAUUUUAUUAUUUAAUAAUGUAUUUAAUUUGGUAGUUAUAAUAUUUAUGGACAAUUAAGUGAUGAUGGAGAGUAUUUAAUCACUUGGGAUUCAGGAUCUAAAGAGAUCUAAAUAAGAAGGUAUAAGGAAUAAUGA